GAGCGGACGAAGCGGAGCGGCGCACCGGGACCCUGGAUCUGUACUUUAUAUAUAUCAAUAUAUUAAAAAAUAUAAAUAUAUAUAUUCACUCACGCCCAGAGAGACCAGCACCGACAGAGCGACCAGCAGGAGAGGAGCAGCAUGGAGCUGUGAGGGCGGACAGGGACCUGCUCCCCGAAAGAACCUCUGGUGAUCUGUUUAUUUGACGCAUCUGCGCGCUUUGCCCCAACAUGGAGACUCAGGGCUGCUGGCUGCUCCUGGCUGCACAUCUCAUCCUCCUCUCCCAACCAGCUGAAGGAUAUGCUUACAGAAAUCAACGCAAGUUCUCAGAAGACAUCGACUGGUCAUACGCAGGAACAUUAAACCAAAACAACUGGGCCAAGAAGUUUCCAUCUUGCAGCAACGCCAAGCAGUCUCCCAUCAACAUCGAGGAGAACCUGGCUCAGGUGAAGCUGCAGUACCAGAAGUUACAGUUUGACGGUUGGGAGAGUCUGGCAACCGAAAGGACCACCAUCAAGAAUGAUGGCAAGACCGUGGCGGUGGAUGUGGAUGGGGAGUUCUAUGUAAGCGGAGGAGGCCUCAGGUCAAAGUUCAAGGUGGCACGUCUGACGUUCCACUGGGGGCGCUGCAAUGCCUCCUCAGACGGCUCAGAACACAGUUUGGAUGGAGUGAAAUACCCUCUAGAGAUGCAGAUCUACUGUUACGAGGAUGAACGCUUCAACUCCCUAGAUGAAGCCCUCAAGGAUGGAGGCAAAAUCGCUGCUCUUGCUGUGCUGUUUGAGACGACCACUGAAGACAACGUGAACUACGCACCAAUCAUAGACAGUAUCCUCAGUGUGAGCAGAUACGGUAAAAGCGCUGAGGUUUCGCCCUUCACCCUCCGAGGUCUCCUUCCAAACUCCACGGAUAAAUAUUUCAUCUACAACGGCUCUCUGACCACACCCCCCUGCAGCGAGAUUGUCGAGUGGAUCAUCUUCAAGAACAAAGUCACGAUCUCUGAUGAACAGCUGGAGAUGUUCUGCGAGGUGAUGACGAUGCAGCAGGCCGGAUACGUGAUGCUGAUGGACUACUUGCAGAACAACUACAGGGAGCAGCAGCAGCAGUUCAUGGGACAGGUGAUCUCCUCCUAUACCGGCACCGAGGAGGUCCUCACACCAGUCUGCAGCUCAGAGCCGGAGAACAUGCAGGCAGCGCCCUACAACCUCAGCAGCCUGCUAGUGACGUGGGAGCGGCCGCGAGCAGUGUACGACGCCAGCAUCGAGAAAUAUGCUGUCACUUACCGACUGGCCAACGCAGAAGACUCUGUCGCCUCUGAGUACUCGACUGAUGGAGACCAGGAUGUGGGGGCAAUACUUGAUGAUCUGUCAGCCAACACCAGCUACGUGGUCCAGGUGGUGGCGGUCUGCACCAAUGGUCUGUAUGGACGUGUGAGUGACCUGCUGACGGUCGUCAUGCCCGUCGAUGACCCCGAAAAUACACUGGAUCCAGGUUCAGAUGAAUUUGAUGAUGAGAACAACUAUGAACCUGAUCCGGCCUGGAGUACUACAAAUUCACCAAAAACCACCACUUCUGGAUUCCUUCUUUUACCUUUACCCGGCAUUAGAACCACAACUCCAGAGACAGCUCAAAGAAGAACCAGCACUGAUCCGGUUCCCCCGGUCAGAUCCACAAAGUUCGGUCAGGUGCUGAGCCAAACGGAAGAGACAGCACGUGACAGUACCUCCUCACAGCCACGAGAGGUCGCCGUAUCACCAGAAACAAUAGAUGCUGAAUUAAGUGGCAACGCUCCUAUUUACUCCACUGCCACAGCAACAGCCGAGGAAUCCUUCAUCUCCCCUCCCACUACUCCUUCCGAUACAAAGACAGAUGGUGGUUUUGGACGCAUCAGUCCAAAAGGUGUUGUUAGUACGACAGCUACUACAUUAACCAGUGCAACGACAAAAGCUGUUAAAAGUAUUUCAUUUCACAGCACCAGCGCAACCACACUAAGGUCUCGCACCCGGGAAAUGAGCAGCACGACGUCUUCAUCCUUCAUCCAGGCCGAGACCAACCAAGGCUUGGGGCAUCCCCUAAACGAAGACACUACCCCUGACAGAAGAGGUUUUCCAGAGAUCCAAAUGUCAACCUCCAAACCUUCCUCAACUGAAGCUGUCACACGUAGCCCCACGACCUCUGUGCGCUUGAGUGCUGUUCUCUUGCAGACGACAAAGUCUGUUUCCAACGGUGAGCGCCCCACUGUCCUCCCCUCCUCUUCCUCCUACUCCUCCGCCUCCUCCCCUUUGUGUGACACUGCAGACCCAGACAAAGCCCCCUCCACCUGCCUGCAUGACCCUCCUUCCUCAUCUUGGCCUGUGUUGUCUGCCUCUGCUCCGGACUCCAAGCAUGCCGCUACUGCAGCACUGUCUAUAAAUGACCCGGCUUCCCCUUCAAUCCCUACACUCGCUGCCUCCGCCCUGCCCCACCCCCCUCACUCCUCACAUCCCUUGUCUGGUAGGGAGACUGACUCUGUCUCCCCUGGGUCUGAUGAUAAUGAUAGUGAUGGUGAUUUGUUGUCUGGGUCUUCAUCUUCGUCAUUUUCCUCAGGGGACCCCUUAGUGUUCAGGGAUACCCCUCCUAUCCAAACAAUUCCAGAUCUGUCUGUCACAACCGUCGCUGCUGAGCCGUCUGAAUCUUCCUGGGAACUAUCACUCUCAACGGUCUCUCUGUCUCUUAGCCCCACCCUUCAGCCUUCAAUUCUUCUUUCCAGUGACUUCACCUUGUCUGGUGCCACACCGGGCUUAUCCCACUCUUUCUCAACUGGGUUUGAGGACUCAAGGUACGCCAAGGGAAGCACCAUUGAGUCUUUCCUCCCCGAGGUCAGUGGUGAUGGGUUUUCGUUAGGUAGCGAUACGGUCACCAUGUGUGGCUGUUCCGUGGAGCCGUCUGCUUCCUCGUCCUGGUUGCGUCCGUCUUCUCAUGUCCCUCUGCCAUCUUCAGCCUGGGACUCUGCUAGCUUAGAUCUCUACUCAAGUGUUGGCCAUCCUUCAGCCUCUGUGUCGGUGGCGGGUUCUGAUGGUUUGCUCCUAGACCAGCCUCUGUUCUCCCAUAGCGGCAUCUUGCCCUCAUUAUCCUUGCUACAAUCCCACCUUCUUCAACCCACCCAUAGUGACCUGCCCGUUUCUGUUGCAGCCACAACGUCUGGAGUCAGGGAUUCCUGGUUCUUGGCGUCAGAUAGGGACUCUGACAUCCAUACCUCUGCCCUCCCUUCCUCACCCAUAGCCAACCCCUUCACCCCCACUCCAGAGGGACAGGCAUUAGAUACUAGCAGCAGUGCCUCUGGUUCAGCUCUGUUCUCUGACUCCCAGGAGGGCGUAGAUCAGGAAUGGGACCGGGUUCAAACUUCGGCCUCGGGGGAGAGCACACUCCCUAUUUCGACCAAAAUUGCGAACACCGUUCCUCCAUCUACAACCUCCGCUUCUGGCCAGACCCCAGAUGAUCUGGAAGAACGCUCCUCAGCAUUCUAUUUUGAAACUGAGAGUGGCAGUGCCGUCAACUCGGAGGUAGGAACAACUGCGGCUCCAACCACUCCUGCUGAAUCCUUUGCUUCACCCUGGCCAUUGAGUGGGGAGGAGGAGAGUGGCUCAGGUCAGGGUGAAGGCCUGUACGACAACGAGACGUCCUCUGACUUCAGUAUCCCCGAGCGAACGGAAAGAGAGUCGGAGGAAGAGGAACAAGUUGCAGACGCCAGCAACAGCAGCCACGAGUCAAGGGUCGGUUCAAUCCGGGAGAGGGAGAGAAAGGCCGUGGUUCCUCUGGCAGUCAUCUCCACCCUCACUGUCAUCGGCCUCGUUGUCCUCAUCAGCAUCUUCAUAUACUGGAGGACCUGUUUUCAGACAGCUCACUUCUACAUCGACGAGAGUUCAUCGCCCAGAGUCAUCGCUGCAGCAUCCACAGCUGCAUUAACAUCUGAUGAGCAGACUGCGUUUCCAGUCACGGAUUUUGUCCAACACGUCGCUGAACUUCACAACACCCAGGGCUUCCAGAAAGAAUUUGAGAUACUGAAGGAGAGCUACGAGGAGGUGCAGGUGUGCACAGUGGACAUGGGGAUGAACACUGACAGCUCCAACCAUCCUGACAACAAGAACAAGAACAGAUACAGCAACAUCCUGGCCUAUGACCACAGCCGGGUGCGGCUCUCGUCGCAGGCUGAUAAAGACGGAAGGACGAGAGAUUACAUCAACGCAAACUAUGUGGAUGGUUUUAAAAAGACAAGGUCAUACAUCGCCGCUCAGGGUCCUCUGAAGUCGAGCACCGAAGACUUCUGGAGGAUGAUUUGGGAGCAAAACAUUGGCGUCAUUGUCAUGAUCACAAACCUUGUGGAGAAAGGACGAAGGAAGUGUGAUCAGUAUUGGCCAACGGAGGUGCAGGAAGAGUACGGCAGCUUCCUGGUGACGGUGAAAAGUAGCCGAGUCCUCGCCUACUACACCCAGAGAACCUUCACCAUCAGGAACACCCACUCCAAAAAGGGCUCCCAGAGAGGUCGGAAUAGUGAACGGACAGUGACGCAGUACCAUUACACCCAGUGGCCCGACAUGGGCGUCCCAGAGUUCGCCCUGCCGCUGCUGAGCUUCGUCCGCAAGUCGUCAAAAGCCAGGACGGAGGACAUGGGGCCGCUGGUGGUGCACUGCAGUGCGGGUGUGGGCCGAACAGGAACCUACAUCGUCCUGGACAGCAUGUUGAAGCAGAUGAGAGACGAAGGCAGCAUCAACAUCACAGGCUUCCUCAAACACAUCCGCACACAGAGGAACUACCUGGUCCAGACAGAGGAACAGUAUGUGUUUAUCCAUGAGGCCUUGGUGGAAGCCAUCUUGUCCGGGGAGACAGAGGUUGUGGCAGCUCAGCUGCACAAGUACAUGGACGAGCUGCUGACCCCAGGGGCUGCUGGGAGGACGAGCCUGGACAAACAGUUCAAGCUGGUUUGUCCCUCUGAGGCGAAGCAGUGCGACUUUUCUACAGCUCUGCAGGAAUGCAACCUCUGUAAGAACAGAAGCUGCUCUGUGAUACCUGUUGAGAGAUCAAGAGUGCGUCUGUCUACGUCAGCAGGGGAAACGUCGGACUACAUAAAUGCAUCGUACAUCGCAGGUUACAGGCAGAGCAGUGAGUUCAUCAUUACCCAGAAUCCACUACCUGGGACCAUAAAAGACUUCUGGAGGAUGAUAUGGGACCAUAAUGCCCAGGUCAUUGUGUCAAUGCAAGGGGCAUCAACAAUUGGGACGGAGGAGGAGGCAGAGUUGUGCGUCUUCUGGCCCCGCAAAGGGCAGCCAAUCAGAUAUGAGAUGUUCACCAUCACACUGAGGAGCGAGGAUCAUGUCUGCCUGGCCAAUGAGGACAUGCUGGUGGUCCAUGAGUAUGUGCUGGAAGCUACACAGGACGACUUCGUUCUGGAGGUGAAACACUACCGUGCCCCCUGCUGGCCGAACCCAGACGGUCCUGUCAGUAAUACCUUCGAACUGCUCAACCUGGUCAAAGAGGACUGCGCUGCCAAGGACAGUCCUACUGUAGUCCAUGAUGAUGUGGGUGGAGUCACAGCAGGAACAUUUUGCACCCUAUUGUCUCUGACUCGCCAGCUGGAGGCUGAAGGGUCGGUCAACAUCUUCCAAGUGGCCAAACUCACAAACCUCAUGAGACCAGGAAUCUUCAGCGACAUUGAGCAGUACCAGUUCCUGUAUAAAGCCAUGCUGAGUCUCAUCGGGACGCAAGAAGAUAAGGAAGAGCUCCAGUCCUCUGACAUCAACGGCAGCAUCGUGGUGGGAACUGCCAGCACCGCAGAGAGCCUUGAAUCCCUCGUGUGACUGCCCAAAAAAACAAACCACAAAGAACUUUUAACUUUUACACGGACAGAAUUUGGUCUUUCCUUCUCCAACGCCAACUGAUCUGCUCCUGAUGCCUCGCUACAGCUACACAAUAAAAACAUCCCUGUCCUUCAGGAUAUGUGGCUGGCACGUACUGAGCGAGAUUCUUCUCUGCUGUACCUGGACUCCCUAUGGUUUUGUAAUGUGUGCCUUUUUGUAUUUUUCACCCUGUAUGUCUAACUUUGAUACGAGCUGUAAACUAACUCUCCGAUGUUUUAACCCUGUACUGCCCGGAGACGUUUCACUCAACUAACAAACAUUUCCUAAACCUUUGUAUUUAUUGGCUCUGAGCCAAACAGGAAAAAAAGGGAAAAGCUGCAUCUUUUUACAUCAAAUGAGAUAUUUUGCUAGCGUGUCUUUUAUAGAGCUUGUGCACUUAAUUCCUCUCUGUAAAUACCAUCGCAAUGGUAGCAGCAGUGCGAUUGACGUCAAAUAUUAAAUAAGGGCCUGAAAUGAUAAAAAAUAAUAAUAAUCUAAUGUAAAUAAUAUUAUAGUAAUCACCUUGAUGGACCAAAUUUCUAUUUAUACUUUUAGAUUUUUAUAUUUUACCAUUUUUAGUGCAUUCAAAUGUUAUGGUUUCAUUCUAAUUGCGUAGUUUGAGAACAUUAAUGCUUUUGUAUUCUGGAUCUUGUAACAGACUAAAUGUGAUGCAUGAGGUACUGACAUAUUUGUUUGUUUUUUAGCUGGACAUGAAACACUGCUGGAGUAUUAGCUGUAGCUGAUUAAAUAAGUGAAACACCAAUGACA